CGGAAGCAAAUGACGAGCGCUUGCAAACUCAUCGUUUGAAUCAGCGAGGAGGGUGCAAGGACAUUAUCUAAGAGCUUGGGACUAUGACUUCUGUGGAUAGUUCAUAAACCGUCUGCGUACUACAUUAUACGCCCAUCCAGCUUUAUUGUAAGAAGUACAUUAACGUUACACGCCUUUUCAUCCAUACAGACGGGAACAGAAUGGCAUCGAUUUUGCUCACCAGGUCUCGGACUCCGUUGCUGAAAACAUCCAGGUUAUUAAAGAACGAAUUCAGAAAAGGAAAGUUGACAGAGGGAUCAUGUUUUGGUUGCACUGCACUGCGGUUAGCCACAAACAGUAGUCCAGUUGCUCUUGGAGGCAGCGUAUGGCCUCAUGCAUCAUCUGUCCUGUACCCUGACAGUUUACUGGUGAGUCAGCAGCGCUUGACCAGGUCACCUCGUCUGUACUGUGCCAUCUUAGUACCUGAAUGUGUCCUGCCAGGCCACACCCACUCCAUUUACAACAGGACAGUUCGGUGGGUGCACACUACUGGCCGUCUCCAUGACGAUUCAAAGGUAGAGCGUUCUUUACGUUCAUUGAAGGAUCGGAAUAAAAAGCUUGAGGAGGGCGGACCAGUCUACAGUCCAACGGUAGAUGCAGAACCUGUACGAAGGACAAUAGGGCAGCGAGUGAUCGAUGAGGUGAAGCACUACUAUCAUGGAUUCCGCCUUUUGUGGAUUGACACAACCAUCGCUGUGCGCAUGCUGUGGAGGGUACUGAACGGAAACAUUCUGUCGCGGAGAGAAAGGAGACAGUUCCUGAGGACUUGUGCAGAUGUCUUCCGGCUUCUCCCCUUUCUGGUUUUUAUCAUCGUUCCAUUUAUGGAAUUUCUGCUUCCCAUUGCAGUGAAGCUUUUCCCUAACAUGCUGCCGUCUACCUUUGAGACACAGUCCAAAAAGGAGGAAAGGCUGAAGAAAGAGCUGAGAGUGAAGUUAGAGAUGGCAAAGUUCUUGCAGGACACAAUUGAGGAAAUUGCACUAAGAAACAAAGCAGCCAAAGGCAAUGUGACCGAGGAGUUCUCCACUUUUUUCCAGAAGAUUCGUGACUCAGGAGAGAGACCCAGUAAUGAGCAGAUCUUACGGUUCUCAAAGUUGUUUGAGGAUGAACUGACUUUAGAUAAUCUGACACGGCCACAGCUGGUGGCUCUGUGCAAGCUGCUGGAACUGCAGUCAAUUGGCACCAACAACUUCCUGCGCUUCCAGCUCAUCAUGAAACUCCGUGCCAUCCGAGCAGACGACAAGAUGAUAGCAGAGGAGGGAGUGGACAGUCUGAAUGUCAAUGAGCUGCAGGCAGCGUGUCGUGUGAGAGGGAUGAGAGCUCUCGGGGUGACGGAGGAGAGGCUUAGAGAGCAGCUUAAACAGUGGUUGGAGCUUCAUCUGAAUCAGCACAUCCCCACAUCUCUUCUACUGCUGUCCCGAGCCAUGUUCCUGCCAGACACACUGUCCCCUGCAGACCAGCUGAAAACCACACUACAGAACCUGCCCGAGAUAAUGGCUAAAGAGGCGCAGGUAAAGGUGGCAGAGCUGGACUUCUCUAAAGUGGAUAAUAAGACCAAGCUGGAGGCCACACUGCAGGAAGAGGCAGCCAUCCGCGAGGAGCACAGAGAGAGAGAGCUUGAGAGACAGGCUGACGCUGCAGAGAGAUCAAAGGAACAGGCUGCACGGGAGGGUGAGAUGCUAGAGUUGGAUGCAAACUGGCGGGUGGAUGCUGAGCAUGCUCUCUCCAGUGUAGAUGUAGCCAUUCAUUCAGAAACACUACAAGAUACUGCACCAGUACUGGAGGGUAUUAAGUUCGAGCAGUGGCAGAGGUAUCUGCGCACUCAGGGUGAGGAGAUCACUAAGGAGGAGAUUGACAUGCUGAGUGAUGCCUGUACCAAACUGAAAGAGCAGAAGAAACUGCUCACCAAAGAGAAGGAGGAACUGGAAGAGCUGAAGGAUGAUGUGCAGGAGUAUAGCGAGGACCUGGAGGAGAUCAAGAGAGAGCUGUCUAAGACCGGACAAGAGAAGGUGGUGGAGGAGUCUAAAGCGAGUAAACGUCUGUCAAAGCGGGUCAACCGUAUGAUUGGCAGGAUUGAUAAGAUCAUCAAUGAGCUGGAGAAGGACAAGUCCGUGCUAGAUGGACAGAUGGACAGCGGAACCACGCCACCAAUCGGUGUGUUGCUGUCCAACAGGGAGAAUCUGAUUAGCAUCAACGAGCUCAUUGCCGUCAUGAGGCAGAUCCAGAGCGUUCCCGAACACAAGCUGCUCAGCUUGGCAGAGGCACUCGAUGAAAACAAGGAUGGCAAGAUAGACAUUGAUGAUGUCAUCAAGGUGGUAGAGCUGAUCGAUAAAGAGGACAUCGAUAUCUCCACCAGCCAGGUUGCAGAGAUCAUGGUCAUGCUGCAGAAGGAAGAGAAGUUGGUGGAGAAGGAGAAAGCCAAGGAGAAGGCUGAGAAGGAGCAGGCAGCUAAAAUCCAAAACUAGACCUAAAACUGAGAGCGAUAUGUAGGGAAUGGAAAAGACCAUUGAUGUGAUAAUAUGUUUCAGAGUGAGGCUGAAGCCAAGGCUGAACUCCGCUCUGUAUUCAAAUCAAUAUAUAGUGUUUUUCUUUUUGGUUUGUUCAGAGAGAAAAACACUUUUAAGAAGGGAAGACAGAUGUUACCCUGAGUGUUCUGUUUUACACACAUAAAUUAGAAACAAAUGUUGCUUUGUUCAUAGAAGACUGAAUUACUGAAUUGAAGAGACAUUUAUUUAUUAGAAAACAAAGAAUAAUUCAGAGAUUAAUUUUAGAGGACUAUUUGUUGACUUGUUUUUGGAAAGACCCUUAAGAAACAACAACAACAACAAAAAAAUAAUUAAUGAUAAAAAAAUAAAUAAAAAAAUGACACUAUUUUUCUCAUAAUUUUACCCCCUGUUCAUCAAUUGGCAGUGAUGUAAUUUCCUCUCUUUGCAUAUUACAUCACCCGUCACCAUCAUUCCACUUCUCACUUAGAUUUAUUCUGUUUUGUCUUUUUUUUAUUUUUAAUUUUUUGUCUUUUUUUAUUCCUUUAAUGCAUUUUCAUGCAGUUCUUGAAUGUUGCUUAAAAGACGUUGAUAUCACAUUUAUGUUUAUUUAAUAACCAAAGAACAAUUGUUAGAGGUUAUGCUUCAUUUAUACUCCUAAAGUACUUAAGCUUUAUUCAGGGCAGAAGCUUUUGUACCGACUUUAAGACAGUGACGGACUAAUCGAAAUGUCAGAUUUGUAGUGUUGAUUUGUAGGAUUGAUUUCAGCGUCAUACUGUAUUUAUAUUGUGGCCUUAGUAAUAAAAAAACUAAAUAAUAAUAAAAGUGCCCAAAAUAAUCUCAAGGCAUUCAAAAUUAAAUUGAUAGACAAUAUAGAUACAAAAUAUUUAACAAUUAUCAUCUGUCUUAACUGCUAUAAACUGGCUGUUAGCUGGUGUGUGUUUGGAAAAGAUUGAUUGAACUUUAGCCAAUGUGGGGUAUGCUUAGCCCAUCUCCUGCAAGAAGAGGCCAGUCUGGAUACAGUCAGAAUAUGCCUUGAAUAAUCUCUAACUCCUUACAUGGAGAUUAUACGAGCAGUGGUAGUGUUCCCAUGCGGACAUACACAAAGUUCCAGCCGAGCACCUUCAUAAACUGGAAUGCGCUGAUCAGCAUGAGAAACACACACUCACUGUUUUGAUGUGUCUGGUAGAUAGUUUCACUGGGCACACGAGGCAGAGAAUACAUCACUCGUAAACCUAAACAUGUCACGCAGAGGGACCAGCAUAACCUCGAAACACUGUUCCUGUGCUGUGUCUCAGACAGAGAGAGGGACAGUCUAGCUGUCUGAGUCUAGGUGCCUGUUUCACAAUGUGUCCCUUAACUUACCUAGGGCACCCUUCAAAAGAUAGUUCAUCCCAAAAAAGUCUGUCAAAAUGAAAAGUCUGUCAUCAUUUUACUCACCCUCCUGUUGUUUUAAAGACCUAUGACUUCCUUAGUCACCAUUUUCUUUUGUAGUAGUGUAAAAAGAUGCAAUGAAAGUUAAUGGUAACAACAUUUUGCUUUUAACAUCUAACAUUAGGCUAACAUCUCCUUUUGUGUUCCACGGAAGAAAAAGUAUGUCUUACGGGUUUGGAACAAACUGAGGGUGAGUGAAUUAUGACAACAUUUUAAUUUAUGGUGAACUAUCCCUUUAACUAGAGUAAAGGCUGUGUGUAUAUUUGAAUCUUGACGAUGGCACUUAGGCAUUAAACUAUAGUCAAUUAUUAGUAUUACUAUAGUGUAUGAUAAUCUAUGUUUGUGUUUAAAAGAGCGGAGAAUAUGAUGCUGAUGUAUAAUUGCACUAUAAAUUAUUCUGAGCUUUAUUUUAUCCAUUUUGGGGUGUUCAUUAGACUCAGGAAGAUGCAUGUUAUGUCUGUGUGUGCACAUUGAGAGAUAUUUGAGGAGACGCACACUUGAAUGUAUACAAUGGUAGAUGGGAGGAAGUGUGAAUGUUACUCUUUUGUUUUUAUAUGAAAAUUUUAAAUGAGCUGUCAGAUUAAUUAAUAAAAGAAGGUGCAGGUGCACACAAAACUGA